AGCAGCAGAGGCAGCAGCGCUUUCUCCCUCUGUAACCUAAACAAUGACUCCUACUACAGACCGGAGGAAAGCACACCAAUAGAAUGCGUUACCCAGCACCAGAACCCUGCAUUUCGCUGCUAUUCCGACCACUCACUUAAAUGUACCGACCGUAAACAUGUGGAUACCUACUGAACAUGAAAAAUACGGCGUCGUGCUGGCCAGUUUCCGAGGGACCGUCCAGCAUGGCCUCCCACUGGAAAUUGGAGACACGGUGCAGAUCCUGGAGAAAUGUGAAGGUUGGUACCGAGGAUUCAUCUUGAAGAAUCCUAAUGUCAAGGGGAUCUUCCCUUCAAGCUACAUCCACUUGAAAAAUGCCCAUGUCAAGAAUAAAGGGCAAUUUGAGACGGUCAUCCCUGUUGAAGACUCUGUCAUCACAGAGAUGACAUCAACGUUGCGAGACUGGGGUGCCAUGUGGAAACAGCUCUAUGUGAAGAAUGAGGGCGAUUUGUUCCACCGGCUUUGGCACGUGAUGAAUGAAAUCUUGGACCUGAGGAGGCAGGUGCUGGUGGGCCACCUCACCCAUGACCGCAUGAGGGAUGUCAAGCAGCACAUCACAGCGAGAUUGGACUGGGGCAAUGAACAGCUCGGCUUGGACCUGGUCCCCAGGCGCGAGUUCAGCAUGGUGGACCCGGACGAAAUCAGCGUCACAGAGCUUUACAGACUGAUGGAACAUCGGCACCGUAAGAAGGAGACCCCUGCAGCUGCUAGCACCCAUCACUUGUUUGUCCAUGUGAAGAGCCUGAUGAGCGCCAAUCUGGGAGAGGAGCUUGAAGUCUUCUUCCACAUUUAUGAUGGACGAGAGAACCGGCCACUCAGUGAAAGGUUCUUUGUCAGGCUGAAUAAGAGCGGGUUGCCCAAGUCGCCAGAGAAGACAGAAAGACAAUGCACGCUGUUUGUGGAUUUGGGAAGCAGUGAUUUGCGAAAAGAUGUCUACAUCGUUGUACACAUCAUAAGAAUAGGGAGGAUGGGGGCAGGGGAAAAGAAGAACCUGUGCAGUGUACAGUACAGACGGCCGUUUGGCUGUGCUGUCGUCAGCAUCGCUGAUCUCCUCACUGCUGACUCUAAGGAUGACCACCUGCUCAAGGUUUAUGCGUGUAACACUGAGAGUGAGUGGUACCAGAUCCACGAGAACAUCAUCAAAAAGGCCAAUUCCAGAUACAACCUGUCUGGCUCCAACACUGGCCUGGCAGUGGCUCUCCAGCUCCUCCACGGGGACAUAGAGCAGCUGAGACGGGAGUACAUGGUCCUCUUCACCCGGGGUGUGUCCAUCACCAGGAAACUGGGCUUCUCUGAUGUCAUCAUGCCAGGAGAGAUGAGGAAUGACCUUUACAUCACACUGGAGAAAGGAGAGUUUGAGAAGGGAGGGAAGAGUGUCGCCAGGAACGUGGAGAUCACCGUUUAUGUGCUGGACAUCGAUGGACAGAUCCUCAAGAGUCACGUAGCCGCCGGCUCGGGUGAACCAGGUGGGGACGAGUACCACUCCUUGGUGCUGUAUCACAACAACAGCCCCCGCUGGGCGGAGCAGAUCAAGCUUCCCAUCCCUGUCGACAUGUUCCGGGGGUCACAUGUCCGGUUUGAGUUCCGACACUGCUCCACUAAAGACAAGGGAGAGAAGAAACUGUUUGGCUACUCCUUUGUUCCUCUGAUGCAGGAGGAUGGCAGGACUCUGCCAGAUGGCACCCAUGAGCUCAUUAUCCAUAAGUGUGAGGAGAACACCAGCUUGGCAGACUGUUCGCGCUACCUGAAGCUGCCGUUCUCUAAGCCCAGCCUCCCGUCCAACAACCAGACGCUGAAAGGCACCAAGGAGUCUUUCUGGAUCACCAGCUUCCUCUGCUCCACCAAGCUCACACAGAACGGUGAUAUGCUGGACCUGUUGAAGUGGAGAGCCCACCCCGAAAGGAUCAACGACAGCCUCACUAAGCUGAAGGAGAUCGAUGGCUCGGAGAUUGUCAAAUUUCUGCAGGACACCCUGGACACUCUUUUUGGUAUUCUGGAUGAAAGCUCUCAGAGAUAUGGGCUGAAGGUGUUCGAUUCACUGGUCCAUAUAAUCAACCUUCUCCAGGACAGCAAAUUCCAGCACUUCAAACCAGUCAUGGACACCUACAUCGAGAGCCACUUUGCCGGAGCUUUGUCCUACAGGGACCUGAUCAAAGUGCUGAAGUGGUACGUGGACCGCAUUGUUGACGCAGAGCAUCAGGAUCACAUACAGCAGGUGCUCAAGGCCAGCGAGUACAUCUUCAAGUACAUUAUCCAAUCUCGCCGGCUCUUCUCAUUGGCCACAGGAGGCCAGAACGAGGAGGAGUUCAGAGUCUGCAUCCACGAGCUCUUCAUGUCCAUCCGCUUCUUCCUCUCGCAGGAAAACAAAGGCACCAGUCCCGUCGCACAAACGCAGGCGAUGUUCCUGCGGACAUUUCCAGCAGUUUAUGGUGAGCUUUUGAAGAUCUUCACUGUGCGGGAGGUGGCUGGCUUCGUCAGGGAGACGCUGGGCAGCCUGCCCACCACUGUCCACACUGACUGCCCCCUGGAGGCUGUCAAACUCCAGUGCAUUGCCAAAACUGUGGAAAGCCAGCUUUACAUUAACCCAGAAUCACGGUGCAUCCUGUUGCCAGUGGUGCUCCGUGUCCUCCAGGCCCACAUGCAGGAGCAGAGGGACCUGGUCAUGUGCGCCCGCAUCCUCACCAGCAUGCUGUCCCUCAUCAAGAAGGAGGAGACUGGCACAGCAGAGCCUGUAGUGUCGGAGGAGGUGGAGCUAAUUGUGGAGAGCCUGCUGGGAGUUCUACUGAGGACCAUCUUGGAAAUUAGCAACCGGCCCCAGUCUGCUGGCACUGCCAUGAGACUACAGUUCCAGGAUGUCACUGGAGAGUUUGUGGCGUGUUUGUUGGCACUCCUGCGACAGAUGAACGACAGACACUACCAGCAGCUGCUGCAGGCCUUCAGCAGCAAAGACGACCUGAGGGACUUCCUACUACAGAUCUUCACAGUGUUCAGGAUCCUAAUCCGACCAGAGAUGUUUUCUAAAGACUGGACUGUCAUGCGAUUGGUCACCAACAAUGUCAUCAUCACGACUGUCCUCUACCUUUCUGACGCUCUGAGGAAAAACUUCCUCAAUGACAAGUUUGACUACAAGGUGUGGGACUCGUAUUUCUAUCUGUCAGUAAUAUUCAUCAACCAACCCUGUCUUCAACUGGAGUCCUUCUCUCCCUCCAAGAGGAAGAAGAUACUGGAAAAGUAUGGAGACAUGAGGGUGAUGAUGGGCUGUGAGAUCUUCAGCAUGUGGCAGAAUUUAGGGGAACACAAGUUGAACUUCAUCCCAGCAAUGAUCGGUCCAUUCUUGGAGGUGACGCUGGUGCCUCAGCCUGAUCUGAGGAAUGUCAUGAUCCCCAUCUUCCAUGACAUGAUGGACUGGGAGCAGAGACGCAGUGGCAAUUUCAAACAGGUGGAGGCCAAGCUGAUUGACAAGCUGGACAGCCUGAUGUCUGAGGGCAAAGGAGAUGAGACAUACAGGGAGCUCUUCAACAGCAUAAUUCCUCUGUUUGGUCCGUACCCUAGCCUGCUGAAGAAGAUUGAGAGAGAGACCUGGAGGGAGAGUGGGAUCUCUCUGAUCGCUACCGUCACUCGCUUAAUGGAGAGAUUGCUGGACUAUAGGGAUUGUAUGAAACUGGGAGAAGUGGAUGGUAAAAAGAUUGGAUGUACGGUCAGUUUGCUGAACUUCUACAAAACGGAGUUGAACAAAGAGGAGAUGUACAUCCGUUACAUUCACAAACUGUACGACCUGCACUUGAAAGCACAAAACUACACAGAGGCGUCUUACACCCUGUUGCUGUAUGAUGAGUUGUUGGAGUGGUCAGACAGGCCGCUCAGAGAGUUCCUCAACUACCCCAUGCAGAGCGAGUGGCAAAGGAAGGAGUAUCUGCAUCUCACUAUCGUCCAAAACUUUGACAGGGGGAAGUGUUGGGAAAAUGGAAUCAUCCUGUGCAGAGAGCUGGCUGACCAGUAUGAGUCUUACUACGACUACAGGAACCUGAGCAAGAUGAGGAUGAUGGAGGCCUCUCUCUAUGACAAGAUCAUGGACCAGCAAAGGCUAGAACCCGAAUUCUUCAGAGUUGGUUUCUAUGGAAAAAAGUUCCCUUUCUUCUUACGGAAUAAGGAGUUUGUGUGCCGCGGCCAUGACUACGAGAGGCUGGAAGCUUUCCAGCAGCGGAUGCUCAACGAGUUCCCCCACGCCAUCGCCAUGCAGCACGUCAACCAGCCGGACCAGACCAUAUACCAGGCAGAUGCACAAUACCUGCAGAUCUACGCCGUAACUCCAAUCCCGGAGAGUCAGGAUGUGCUGCAGAGAGACGGAGUGCCUGACAACAUCAAAAGCUUCUACAAGUUCAAUCACAUCUGGAGGUUCAGAUAUGACCGGCCUUUUCACAAGGGCACCAAAGACAAGGAGAAUGAGUUCAAGAGCCUGUGGGUGGAGAGGACGACACUGACUCUGGUUCAGAGUCUUCCAGGCAUCUCGCGCUGGUUUGAGGUGGAGAAGAGAGAGCUGGUGGAGGUAAGCCCGCUGGAGAACGCCAUCGAGGUGAUCGAGAACAAGAACUUACAAUUACGCACAUUGAUCACCCAGUGUCAGAGCCGGCAGAUGCAGAACAUCAACCCCCUCACCAUGUGCCUCAACGGGGUCAUCGACGCCGCUGUCAACGGGGGGCUGGCCCGCUACCAAGAGGCCUUUUUCGUGAAGGACUACAUUAUGAAUCAUCCUGAGGACGGCGAGAAGAUCGGGCGACUGAGGGAACUCAUGUUUGAACAGGCACAUAUUCUGGAGUACGGCCUCGCUGUCCAUGAGAAGUUUGUUCCCCAGGACAUGAGACCUCUCCAUAAGAAGUUAGUGGACCAGUUUCAUCUAAUGAAAUCCAGUCUCGGCAUACAGGAGUUUUCGGCUUAUGUGCGCGCAAGCCCAGUGCACUUCACCAAUGGAAGCCCACGACCAUGCAGGAACUCUGUGCCCAACAUCAUUAGCCCAGACGGAGGGAGAGGGGUUGUCAGGCGGAGCUACCCUGCGGUGAACCGUUACUCCUCAUCCUCUCUGUCAUCUCAAGCCUCCAAUGAAGUCAGCAACAUCACAGGGCAAUCGGAGAGCUCGGAUGAAGUCUUCAACAUGCAGCCCAGUCCGUCUACCUCGAGCCUCAGCUCCAACCAUUCUGCCUCGCCCAACGUCACCAGCUCAGCCCCCUCCAGUGCCAGAGGUUCCCCCCAAAUGGCAGAGAAACACAAGCAUUCCAGAGAAAAUGCCUGUUUGUCUCCGAGAGAGAGACCAGUCAGUGCCAUCUUUCCCAACCCCCUGGACCCUGCACAGAGAGCUCCUCCUCAUCAAAUAGGCGAUGCCACUUUACCAAGGAGUGACCCCAACCUCUCAGCACCAGAUAAAGUGAGACCCACACCCAGUAGCUGGAGCCUAGACAGUGUCAAAGAGGGCGCUCCAUCCUUCUCUGACUCUGUUGGCAAAUUGCUAUGCCCUCCUGUACCUCCUAGGCCACCGUACUCAGGCUCCUCGGCUAAAAACAUGAGGUCGCAGUCCCCUGUCCCCACGUCCAGAUCGCCGCAAAAGACCACAGUGCCGCCUUUCACCCCCUCGCCCACUGAGUGCCAGUCUGCCAGCCUGGUCUCCAACUCUCCUGUCCUCUCUGGCAGCUACAGCAGUGGCAUCUCCUCCCUCAGUCGCUGCAGCGUAUCGGAGGCUUCAGGCACCGAGCUGCCUGCAGGUGACCACCCGCCCCACCCACUGCCCCCACCCACCACCCUGCCAAACUCUGUCUCCAGCAGCUCUGACGAGCCGAUCCGCAGAGAGAACAAGACACCGCCUCCCUACAGUGUGUAUGAGAGGAAUAACCCCCGUAGGCCUGUGCCGCUGCCCCAUAGUCUCUCCAUCCCCCCACAGACGGACCCCCCGGCCCUGCCACCCAAGCCUCACCAGCUCCGUACAGGCAGCAUGAAGCUGGACGGACCCUCCGACCCUCGAGUCCCAAGACCGAGGCCUCUGCCCAGGAAGGUGUCCCAGCUAUAGGUGCUGGUUAAGGGUUCAGGUCUGGGGCUUGAGAAAGCAGGUGGAAGAAACACACUGGCGUAAUUUGCACUUUUCUACUGGGCACUCACUUGUUUUUUGUGAUCUUCAGUUUGGCAUUCCUGACCUACACUCCAAUAAAAGACACAGGCCUAUAGAUUAACAGGCAGUCAAAAAACUGAAGAAAUGAUAAAGAAAGUUUCUUUUUGUAUUUACUAGAGGGCAUUGCAUUGACUUUGACUUGGUCAUUCCGCACUUUUAGCUCUAGUACGUACAGUAGGUCGCCACGGUCAGUCGCAACGUAUGUUUACCAGAACACUCUAGAAAAACACCGUUUUGAUAGAUGUAAUAAUCUCAAAUAUAUGUAUAUUGGUAUAUAUGAGAAUUGUUUUUGCCUUAAGUAUUGGAAACAGAGUCUUUUAUCCGUGAGUCUUGCACGUUUUUUUUUUCUUUUUUUUUUUUUUAACUCAGUACAUUUGUAUACUGUAUGGCUAAAAGGUGCUAGAGGCCUCGAGUAUGCAUUUCAGUGAAGUGUAGUAGACAAGGGUGUGUUCCCAUAGUCAUAUCCACACAAUCAAUGGUACAAAAAAGUCAAAAGUUGAACUUAUGCUAACAGAAAUGUAUUUUGAUUGAAUUAAAAACUCCUGUUAUAUCUGUAUUUUUUUUUGGCAGCUUUGCCAGGAACAUUUAGUCAUUUUUAUGCAGUAAUAUAUUAAAAGUUUGGUAGCUUCAGCGCGGUAAUGACGGCAAUUUUUAGGCUUCUUUUAAUUUCACAUUGAUACAUGAAUCAGAAAACAGCUUUUUGGUGGUAAAUUACCACCUUAGUAAACCACUCUACUGCCAUUUUCUUUCUGAAACCUUAAAAUCGGCUUCUCAACUUUCACACAACUCAAGAAUUGCCUCCAUUAACAAUGAAUUCGUGAUUGUGGAAGAAUCACAUGGGCAAACGAAAGUGCAAUUGCAUGCUUAGAUGCUGGAAUUCGCCAUUGGUCAUUGCCAUUUAUGUGAACACACCCUAAUCCUCCUGCAUGAUGUAAAUGAACAGAUCUUUAGGGGGGGGGGAUUACCAAGUAUUGUGCCAAAGGAAAAUGUACAAUGUGCUGUAAAGAAAUUUUUUUUUUUUUAACUGGGGCCUGGAGUCACGGAGUUUGGAAAUGAUCAGCUAAAGAGACAUUCUGAAGAAAGGGUUUUUAAAAUGAUUGUACCCACACAUCCUAACUAAACCGUAAUCUACCGAUCACAUGUAACUCUAGACAAGCACAAACAAGACUUUCCAUCUGUCUUAUGACCAGUACUGUUACAAUGAAGUCUCUAUUUGACAGACCAGUAAUUGGAGCAAAGUAUAUCUGUCAGCAGUGACCUGAAAAAAAACACACAACGAGUGACACUCUAUUGAAGAAAUAUUUACAAACGAAUCAUUGUCAAAUAUUUGUACAGUUCAGAUUUACUUUCUGUUCGAUCUAAAAAAUGGAUGUGAGUAGACUGCACUAUGAAUGGUUACUCAGUUCAAUGACAUUGCAUUGCUGCAGUGAAGUAAGUGUUCUGUGGCAGGCAGAUUUCACACAGUUUUGUGAAAUAGAGGACAUUUUGGAAUAAGGUAUUCACCUAAAUCUAUCUACAAAAAGUUUUUGGGGCGGGGUAGCUUUAGUAUUGUUUGUAUGUUUCAUUUUUGUAUUGAUUAAUUUACUUUUUGAUUUGUUGUGAAUUUUUGAGAUUAAAUAUUCACAUUAAUCAGUACUUGAGAACCUGUAAAUUAUAUGAUGAGAUUAAUGUAAGUAUGCCAAAUAUAAAAUUUGUGUAUUACAAUUAAUGUAAAUAUUGUGUUUUUAACAAAAUGUAGCUAUAACAAUUUACAGCUUUGAAUGUAAUGUUGAAGCAGCAAAUUAUUAUUAUAAAUGUUCAAACUUUUAUGGUUUUGUGAGUGUAGAAAAACUAAGAUCAUGCAUAAUGACACCUAACACAUUUACAAGUUCAAUAAACUGCCCUAUGUAAUACAAA